UGGGCGCCUGCAAGGGCAGAAUUUGGGGGCUACCAGGCAGUAAGGACUGCCUCGUCCCGCCACUCCCUCGGCCCCGCGGUAACGGCAGUCGGUCUUCUGCUUCCCAGCCGGCAGGUCCCGCCGCCGCCUCGCUUCCCCAGCUUUCCGGAAUCUGAAUUUGUAGGCCUUUUAAAGGUUCCCAGUUGCCCUUCGCCGGUUCCUGCAGAACAGAGUGGGGAUCUUGGACUUCGGUCCCAGACGGUGGGGAUCGGGAUGGUUUCCGUGCGGAUCCGAGAGGCCAAGGAGGGAGACUGUGGAAAUAUCCUGAGACUGAUUCGGGAACUAGCUGAAUACGAGAAACUCUCGGAUCAGGUGAAGAUCAGUGAAGAAGCCCUGAGAGCAGAUGGCUUCGGAGAAAAUCCUUUCUAUCACUGUUUGGUAGCAGAGAUUCUUCCUGUUCCAGGCGAGCCACAGGGGCCCUGUGUGGUGGGCUACGGGCUAUACUACUUCAUCUACAGCACAUGGACAGGACGCAACAUUUAUCUGGAAGACAUAUAUGUGAAGCCAGAAUACCGGGGUCAAGGGAUUGGUUCCAAGAUAAUAAAAAAAGUGGCUGAGGUGGCCCUGGAUAAGGGCUGCUCCCAGUUCCGCCUGGCAGUCCUGGACUGGAACAAGAGGGCCAUGAACUUGUAUAAGGCCUUAGGAGCCCAAGAUCUGACUGAAGCUGAGGGCUGGCACUCCUUUCGCUUUGAAGGAGAGGCGAUGAGGGAGUUGGCAGGAAAGUGACACCAUCCCUUGGGGGUCUCGCUAUAUUUGAGCUUCUUCCCCACCAGCCCAAGCACUCCUCAGAGACUGUCUCCACUGACAAAGGCCUCCCUGAAGGAAGGAAAGUUGGGGAUGAAUAUUCCCGAAAUACAUAAAGAACAAAAUUGAGGGAGAGGUCUUCCAAAUUCCUUAUUGAGGUUGAAAAAUAAACAAGAAUUACUAUGUCCUGA